CUUUACUUCUUGAUACUCUUUGCGGCAGGUUUCUUCAUAUUUUCAUUUUCAUUCCACCACAGACACAUUUAAUCAUGAGCACCGAAAGCACAGCACCAGAAAACAACGCUACUGAAAACACCACAGCCAGUGCCUCGGCUGCAGCGCCAGCAACAGCUGGUGGUGGACAGCAGUCUCCGUCGCCUACGGUGUCUACCCCGCCGGCCUCCACCAGCACAUACCUGACUGAAACCUCGCAGCUGCCAAUCCGGACAUCAAACACACGGACGCACACACCGCGCACGUCACCAUACCCGACGUCACCGACGGCGUCACGGACGCUGAGCACAACGGGUGGUGACUUUGCCAACAUCCCCCGGGCAGCGCAGUACCACGCCGUAGGCACACCUGCGCGGCACCCUCUGGGGUUCCAGUCCGAGCCGAUGCAAUCGGAUGCGUCGACCGAGUCGGGCGACAGCGGUUCAGGCCACGCGUCACCGGUGGCUGAUACAGCGCCGAGACUACCUGGGUCGCCGGGGCGGGGCGGCAGCGGGCGGGCAGCGACUGGAGAGAGCGGAUUUCUGGCAGCGAUUGGCGCAGAGAGCGGGCGGCAGGCAGGUGGACGCAGCAUGGAUAGGCAGGAUGGUGGUACAUGCCCGAUAUGCCUGCAGACGAUCCAGGAGGCAUUCAUGGCUGUAUGCGGACAUUCGUUCUGCUAUCGGUGCAUCUCGCGGCAUCUGACCGAGCGGCGGAUGUGCCCUACAUGCCUACAGCCGCUGGAGCGUGACCAGAUCUUCCCAAACUUCACGCUGAACCAAGUCAUUGCGGAUGCUGGGUCGCUGGUGCAAUCGCCGCUGCACCGCACGUCGGACAUUUUGCAGCAGCUGCGCAGCUCGGUAGAGAACGGCUCACCCCUGGACCCUGAUGAUGUCGAUGCGCUGCUGGCAGUGCUGCAGCAAAAAAAGCAGUCGCUGCGCAGCUACGAGCGACAGUUUGAGAUGGCUACCAUGAGGCAGUUUCUGCUGGCGGCUCGCGGUCGCAAGGUCGCGUCGAUGGAAGUAUUGCGCAAGCAGCUACUGAUUGUUGAGGAGGACCUCGACCAUGUGACAGCACAGCUAGAGUCUGCUGCGCCAACGGGUGAGGGCAGCACGCAGUUUCUGCAGCAGCGCUCUGGUACGCAAGGCGAUGCCAGCGGCGUGCCGGUACCUAACGCGGUGACUGCUGACGACGGUUCGCUGAUCCCCGACGCACCGCGACGCGAUACUGACUCGGCGGAGCCGGACAGCAGCAAGGCAGGUGCGGGCGAGUCAGCACGGCCAAAGAACCGGCGCGUGGAGGAGCACUAUGAGGACUUGGAGGCGUUCUACUUUGACUCACGUAUGCGCGGGGCGGGUGGUGACGAGUCGCUGGACGAGUUCCUGGAUACGCUGACGACGUUUGCGCGGUACGAGCGGUUCGAGCCGGUGGCGACGCUGCGGUAUGGAGACAGCACAGCAAACACAGCCAUCGUGGCCAGCAUCGAGUUUGACAAGGAUGACGAGCUGUUUGCUGUGGCCGGAGUGACACGGAAAAUCAAGAUCUACGACUACAACAAUGUCAUUUCGCAGGCCGACACCUGGACAGACCUGGCACAGACUGCACAGCAGCGGCAGAGACAGCGACAGCGGCAGCGGCAGCUCCAGCGGCAGCGCAUGGCACAUGGUGGGCGGCAGGAGUGGUGGCACCGCGAGGGCGACGCAGCAGACGAGCCGGCGUUUGUGCCAACAGCGAUGCAGUAUCCGUCAGUGGAGUUCACAAACCGGUCCAAGAUUAGCUGCCUGGCAUUCAACCCGUACAUAAAGGCGCAGCUGGCGUGCUCGGACUACGACGGGGCGGUGACGCUGUGGGAUGUCGGCUCGAGCGUGCCGACGCUGAGCCUGGACGAGCAUGAGAAGCGCGCGUGGAGCGUGGACUUUUCUCGCACCGACCCAACGCGGCUGUGCUCAGGCAGCGACGACGGCAAGGUGAAGGUAUGGGCGACCAACCGCCGCGCAUCGGUGCUGACCAUCGAGGGCAAGGCGAACGUGUGCUGUGUGCGGUUCAACCCUCUGCAUGGCAACAUUCUGAGCUUCGGCUCAGCCGACCACAACGUGCACUGCUUUGACCUGCGCUCACCAAAGCAGCCGCUGUGCGUGCUGCGUGGCCACCGUAAGGCUGUGUCGUAUACGCGGUUCCUGUCGCCCGACGAGAUCGUAUCGGCGUCUACUGAUAGCUCGCUGAAGCUGUGGAGCCUGCGCUCGCAAGAGUGUGUACGCACCUUCACUGGCCACGCCAACGAAAAGAACUUUGUUGGUCUGACCACAUCCGGCGGUGAGUGGAUCUCGUGUGGCUCCGAGAACAACACCAUGUAUUCGUACUACCGCAAUCUCUCCAAGCCUGCUGUCGUAUACAAGUUUGGUAACUGCAACCCUGUCACUGGCGUUGAACAGCCUGAAGAUGACCCGUCGCUAUUUGUCAGCGCAGUCUGCUGGAAGAACAGGUCGAAUACUGUGCUUUCAGCCAACAGCCAGGGCAUCAUCAAGGUCCUGGAGCUAGCCUGAAUAACAAGAAGCUUCGUAAUUUAUAUCCGGUGUUACUCAUUCUACUUGUCUCCUAUAACAACGCCUUGCAGGCACUUUCAAAGUAUCCGCAAAUAUAGCUACGUGUUUGUUUUGCAGGAUAUACUGCCUUCUACCAGCAGACUAGGUUAGGCAACGCUGGCAUGUGCUCUUUCUUUUAUCGACAUCACUGUACUUUGUUAUUGUCGUGGACUUUCGUGUAGGCUCUGUUGACAUUCGGGGUCCAGAGUCCCCCUGCCUCACCAUAGACAAGGCCGAAACGCAUACGUACAAAGACCCAGACAGACAGCCAGCUUUCCUUCCUCCUUUCAGUCAUAGUUUUGAAAAGUUGUUUUUCCAUAUACCCGAUAACCACUCGUUCCCUAGAUUAACUGGCUCUAUGGA